CAGGUGAUCCGCCCGCCUCGGUCUCCCAAACUGCUGGGAUUACAGGCAUAAGCCACAGCGCCUGGCCGAAUCAUACACUUCAAAAUGGCUAAUGUUAUAUGGAUUUUACAUCCAUUAAAAGAAACAAGGUGGCAUACUGAGGGAGGAGGCGGCUGGGACUUCUGUGUCUAAGGGAAGAGUUCUGGGGGUCUGGACUCUCGCAUCUUGGGGAAGGAGGAAGGAGUUGGAGCUUGGACUCCUGGGUCCCCAAGGGUGGAGGCUCAGACCUGAGUCCAGGGGAGGACAGGGCUGAGAGUUUGGAUGUUGAAUACCCAAAACUAGAGGAAGGAAGUUAGGGGCCCCCAAAGCUAAAGUGCUGCCUGUUAGGUUCUAAGGAGACAGGACACAGUGGUUUGGGGAUAGACAGCCCUUAGGAAGUGGCCAUGAGACCAAAGGACCCAGGCAGUCCUGCAGCCUGGACUUUGCCUCUGCAGGAUGUCUGCCUGAGCCCCACCCCAAAUGCCAGCCCUUCUUCCCCGAGCUCACCCAGCCCCACCCCCAGGACUGAGAGCCCCAGGAAGCUUGGAGAGGUGAGCAUCCUGGGGAGACCCUGGAGGCUGGCAAGUGCACGGAGGGGCUGGGAGAGCAGGGAGAAACUCCCCAAGCAGGAGGAUGUGUGAGCUAAGACUGAAUACUGAAACAGGUGGAGAAAUUGCCUGGAGUGGAGGAGAGCCGGCUGAUUAGAUCAGACCCCCUCCUGUGACUUCUGCUUGAGAGCCAAUGGGGGCCCAGAGGCCACGGCCACAAUCUCAUGCACCUGCGCCCUCUUCAAGGUGCUGGUUCUUCAGGUGUGAAGGGGAGGAGAGAGAGAGAGGAAAGAGAGGGGCCUGGCUUCAGCCCCUCAUUCCCCUGCAGAGCCUAGCAUGUGAGGCUUACCUGUCCCUGUCCCUGCUAGCUGGGCUAUCUCGGGGUUUGGACCUCGUGAAUGUCAGAGGCAGGGACUCCAGAGUCUAAAGAAGGAGGGCCUAGAGGUCUGACCCUGGGUUUGAGGGAGGAGGGACUGAGGGACUGGACUCCUGGCUCCUGGGAAGAAGGAGGAGGCCAUGACCCCAAAUCCCUAAGUACCAAGCCGGGAAGAGGUCAGAAGCUGAAGGUGGCUGUUGGGAGAGAGAAGGAAAAGGGUCAGGUGGCAGAAGCAGUCUUUGGCUGGCUGGAGGGAUUUUCGGAUGGAGAUGUCAUCGCUGAGAGCUCCCUUCCCACCCACGCUCAGCCUGCCUGGGGAACUCCAGCAGGGAAAAGGGGAAGGGUGAGAGGAAGGAGAAGGAGAGCGGAGGGGAGGAGGCGGGGUCAUCAGGGCUCCGUAUCUCACAGACCAGAAACAGAAGCUGCACCCAGAGAGCAGGCCGACCUGAGGCCCUCACUCUUGGGUACCCGAGUAGGUGUGAGAGAGACAGGUGUCCUGCCUCAGCCCCGCUCCUUCACCUGCAGAGCUCGGCAUGUGGGGCUACUUGUCGCUGAUGCCCAUCUUCCUAGCUGUCUGGGCUAUCUCUGGCGUCUGGAUCGUUUUUGCCAUUGCAGUGACCAACAGGACGGUGGACCUCAGCAAAGGCUUUCCCUACAUCAGCAUCUGCGGAUCCUUCCCCCCUCAGAGCUGCAUCUUCAGCCAGGUGCUCAAUAUGGGAGCUGCUCUGGCCGCGUGGAUCUGCAUUGUCCGUUACCACCAGCUCCGGGACUGGGGCGUCGGAAGGUGGCCUAACCAGCUGAUCCUAUGGACGGGUCUUCUCUGUGCCCUGGGCACCUCCGUGGUAGGCAAUUUCCAGGAAAAGAACCAGCGGCCUACGCACUUAGCAGGGGCCUUCCUUGCCUUCAUUUUGGGUAACGUCUACUUCUGGCUGCAACUCCUCCUGUGGAGGCUGAAGAACCUGCCCCAGCCCGGGGCUCCCUGGAUCGGGCCACUCCGUCUGGGCCUCUGCAGCUUCUGCACCAUCCUCAUUGUGGCCAUGAUCGUCCUCCACGCCUGCUCGCUGCGCAGCGUCUCUGCAGCCUGCGAGUGGGCCGUGGCCAUGCUGCUGUUCGCCCUCUUUGGUCUCUUCGCCGUUGACUUCUCCGUCCUGGAGAGCUGCACCCUGUGUGUUCAACCGUGGCCCAGCCUCAGCCCCCCGCCGGCCUCCCCCAUCUCCCUGCCGGUCCAGCUGUAGCAGCCACCCUGACCUGGGCCUCGCCCUCACCAGUGAAGCAGGAAAGAUGGGGCCAAUC